CCAUAAGGGGAAGGCGGGAGAAUGCGAACCGGCCGCACCUUAUAAGGACAGGGCCUCGCGCAUGCGUACUCUGUGGGUCGAGGGGGGAGCGAGGAAGGAAAAAGAGGCGGGGAGUUCCAAGUGAGGCAGGAGAGCAUUUCUCUCCCCCCACUUCGGCCGAUUAAAGACGCAGCCACCUGAGAGUCUUUCCCUCGCUGCCCCCUUUCCUCCCCUCCUGCCCUCGCGGGAUCCGAGCGGGCUGAACGAAGAGGGAAGGGGGUGUCACGUCCGGUAACGAUGUUGGGGUCGCCGGGGCAACAGCCCGGGGGGGCGGGGUCUGGGGCGACAGCGACGGCGGCUGCCGGUUCUGCUGCCACUGCCUCCGGCGGGGCUGGGGGCAUCGCGAGCUUCCCGUGCGGUGGGGCGUCGGAGAGGCUGCUGGCGCGCUACGUGCAAGACUACCUGGAGUGCGUCGAGUCGUUGCCGCUGGACAUGCAGAGGUUGGCCUCGCUCCUGCGCGAGAUGGACACGCGCUGCCGGGAAGCUUUGAAAGAAAUUGAUGAAGUGUAUGAGAAAUAUAAAGCUGAAGAUGAUCCUGUACAGAAAAAGCGCUUGCAGCAAUAUCUUCAGCGAGCUUUGAUCAACAGUCAAGAGCUUGGAGACGAAAAAAUCCAAAUAGUUACUCAGAUGCUUGAGUUAGUGGAGAACAGAGCCCGGCAGAUAGAGUCCCACUCCCAGUGCUUUCAAGAUCUGUCAGAUACUGAAAAACCUAUUGAAAAGUCAAAGCAGGAUCCAUGUCAGCCAGAAAGAUCUUCACGAAGACCCCGUCGGCAGCGUACUAGUGAAAGCCGUGAUAUAUGCCAUAUAGCAAAUGGAAUUGAUGAAUAUGAUGACCAGCCACCUAAAGAAAAAAGAUCCAAAUCUGCUAAGAAGAAAAAACGCUCUAAAGCUAAACAAGAAAGGGAAGCUUCACCAGUAGAAUUUGCAGUUGACCCUAAUGAGCCAACUUAUUGUCUUUGUGACCAAGUGUCUUAUGGAGAAAUGAUAGGCUGUGACAAUGAUCUGUGUCCCAUUGAGUGGUUUCAUUUUUCAUGUGUCGGACUUACUUAUAAACCAAAGGGGAAAUGGUAUUGCCCAAAGUGCAGAGGAGACAAUGAGAAGACUAUGGAUAAAUGUACAGACAAAUCCAAAAAGGAUAGAAGAUCAAGGUAGUAAAUGCUCUAAAUGCACAGACACUUGUGUGAUUUCUAUUAAAAACUAUUUAAUAAGCAGAUUAGUAUUUUAGAAUAAUGCAUAAAACUAUGCAAUAAUUUUUAAGGUGUACAAUACUAAUGGAGUGUUCACAGAUGUUAAUACUUUUUCUGCUUUUGAAUAUUCUGCACUAAAUAACCAAAAUUUUCAAACAGGGUCACAUGGGAGUAGCACAGAAGGAAUUCAGGAAUUCCAGAUUCCUCACUCUUUUUAAUUGUGGAAUUAUGGUGAUGCCUGAUGAGGAAGGACUGGAAGGAUAAUCAUGUUAAAACUAAUGUGUUAACAUCUGUUGCAUUGGUAAAUUUAGUUGAGUAUAGCUCAUUUUGCUGAGAACAUGUUAGUUCUAUGAUGCUUUUAGUCUUUAGAAUCCUAAAGAUAAUAUUUGACUCUAUUGCCAAACUUUCAAUUUUAAGCCUUUGAAAAUGUAAAGCCAGUUUUUCUUUGUGUCUUCCAUGUGAUCUACCUAUAUGUCAUUAACUUAUUUUAUAUUAAUCUUGUGGUGACUUUAUAAGUCUGUUUAAAGAAAGUAUAUUAAACAAAUACUGAUGUUGGAAGAGUUGCAAUCAGCAUUAAUUGCAGUCCUGAACUGAACCCACUUGUUCUUCUCACUAUGUUCUUUAGUUUCUUAAGUCCUGUUGUGCCAUCUUGUUUCAUAAUUCCUUGGAUGUUGGAGAAACCUAUAUAAUCAUGUUGAAAAGUUUAGAUAUUCAAAGGAUACAUAAAUACUGUAAGAUCAGUUUGUGAGGUAAGUUUGACUGGUCUAAUAAUUUAUUUUGCUUUCCAGGUUUUUAGGGCUGAGCAAAAAAGCAGUAGUAGGAAAAAGUUACUCUAGGAGAGGAGUCCUAUAGGCAUAGAGAAAAUACUCAACCGAAGUAUAGCAACUUUUAAUGAAAUCUUUUAUCUAAAGAACUAUGACAUGUCCUAGAAACAAAUAACAACUGAAGGUAUCCGAAAUCUAUUAGAACAGUUUUGAAAUUGAUGAUAUACAGCUGUAGUCUUAGUCUCAGUGCCUAAUUUAAUGCUAUAGGUUUUCCCAGUCAUUUUAUUUUUCUCUAGAAGAUUAGAGGAUUUCAUUUUAUUCAUUCUAUGUUACAGUGUCUGUGUAAGUCAGCCUAAUGUAAAGAGAUAAGCAGCCCAAGAAAAAAGUUCCAGUAUUGAAUUGUUGUUCCUACAGUAUGAAAUAACAUUUGGCAGUUUCUUAUGUUUUGAGUGAGGUUUGAAAAAAAGCUUGGAUACUACAAACAUGGUUUUGAUCACAAACUAAUUUAAAUAUUCAAAAUAGUUAUUUUGCAAGCAUGGUAGCGAAACUGUAUCACGUGGACUAGAGAUAUUCCCCAGUUUAACUGGAAACUCUUGUUCCACAUCAGGAUUGGAUUAUUUCAUAUGGCCGUUAUAUCUAUGCUGAACUUGAAAUUGCUUCUCAUGAAUUGUGUGCUACUGUACUGACCAUGAGGUAUGUCAUGGUCAAGUGGGAUAGCCUGCCAUAAAUAUUAUGUCUUACUUUGUUAGGGGGACACUAAUUGCACAUUCAUAAUAUAGCUAUGUUUUUAUUUUGAGUAUCUGCUCCUCCCCCCACCAAAUACAGUUGUGCAGUGGGCAGAUAAAUGAAAUUCUAAGUUGCUAAUGUGCUUCUGCACUUGUUACUCUGCCUACUUACUUUUCUGGAUGAUCCAAGGAAAGAAAAUGCACAGUAAUUUGAUGAUUGUGUGUAAAACUUGGAAGAAUGUUAACUUUAAUUGACUAGUAUGUGCACUACAACAUCAUUAUCAUAAAACAGACUACUUACAUAUUCACAUCUGUUUGUAGAUAUAAUACUUCUGUAACCGGAGAACGAUGUGCAUUAAAUAUCUAAACUUCUGAUGAGAGCAGCCACAAUACCUGUGUCUCUACUUUUGAUGAAAACUGAUUCUUAGUCCUACAUUAGUAGAAUUAUAAUGCUUCCUAUUUUGAGAAACUGUGUUACUGCUAUGAAGCUCUGUUUUGAUUUUUUUUUAAUAUGACUUUGCUUGAUGUAAUUUGACAAUCUCCUUCUUGGUUCAAAAUUUUAUAAGUAUAAGCACAUGGAAAAUAGAAAUGUGCCACCAGAGUGUAUCAGCUACUUGGAUCUAAUCUUUUGCAUGCUAUGAUUUAUGAAUAAAAAAUACUGGUUGUAAAAAUGGA